AUGUCCGAGUUCAAAGGCGAUGACUUUUCCAAUAACCUAUUCAGCGACCUUGCACCGCUGCUCACUCUAUUCGGUGAGCAGGUCACAAAACAAUUCCUUAGCAUGAGUAUGGGAUGGGCUGAUAAUAUCCUACUUGCUAUGGGACCCCUGGGUGUUAUCACGAUUGUUGUCAGUGCCAUUAGAGUCGGGGGAGACAAGAGGCUAAGAGCGCUGAUAGGGAGGGCACGGGAGAGCCAAUCAGUUGCAGAACAGGAACUACUUUCAUCUACUUCCGAAAACGUAUGUGAGAUGUGGAAUGGACAACAGAUUGUUCGAUUGAUUGGAGACUCUGAGGAACUCAAAACACUGAUCGCAACAAGGGAUGGAGCAGUGUACGAUAUCCAAACAGCAAUGGAAAAUGAGCUCCUAACGUUCAAGAAGGACUGCCACUUAGAUGCUGAGGAGCUGCGAGUCCUUUCCAAUGCAGCCCCAAAUCUGGCUCUGAACGUACCUAAUGCUACAGCACAUCUAUAUGAGCUGUGGGGUUGGGCAGCACUCAGUGUUUUACUCCAGCUUUUUGCUCUCGUGUUCCCGGCGCUUGCGACAUUUUUCUGGCAGUGGGAAAACGGCGGCAGUACUGUUCAAUCAUAUGGAUACCCGUGUUUCUCGGUUGGCACAGUAUGCUUGAUAAUGGGGAUAAUGAUGUGCGGGCAUGUUAUUGAGGGUGUAACAGAAGAGAUUGAGCUUCAAGUCUCAAACGACAACGCUGGAAAGGAUGCAAUGAUAUUCUGCUACCAGCGCGGCCGAACUGUCGGAGAACAACACUUUCCAUCCUGCGCCAUCUUCAACUCCGAGAGUGUUAUCAAGAUCUCUCGCAUCGGGCAUAAUACGAAGGAUUACGUGUAA